CUAUUUGUGUAUGUGGGGCGGGGAGGGGGGCGCGCUUUUCUGUUGUUUAAAAGUGAUGGUGUUGGUGGCAGAGAUGCUUUCGCUGGUUUGUUCUAGGGGGGUCCCCUGUGCAAAGCGAGCCCCCUCUAGGGUGCGAUUCCGCCGUCUUCCGCUCCUGCGAUUGGUCAGCGCGUGAUCAGAUGGUUCUCUUUCCUUAUGUCCCUGGUUGGCACGCGGCCAUCCCCCUUCAGCUAAAACCCAAUCUCCCAUAUACCGCUAAUAGCUAAACCGCUUGGACUUUAAAACGCAACAAAUCAUAAAGACCCCGGGAAAGACCAGCCGCGGUUGCUCCGUUAGUUGGUUGGUUGUUGUCAUUGUUGUUGUUAUUAUUUAUUUAUUUAAUUAUUAUUAUUAUUAGCAUUAUUAGCAGCAUUGUUAUUUCCAAUGAGUUCCUAUUUCGUCAACUCUACUUUUCCGGUGAGCCUAGCCGGAGGUCAAGAACCGUUUCUCGGACAACUCCCCUUAUACUCCACGGGCUAUGCGGACCCUUUAAGACACUACCCCUCCACUUACGGCACUGGGGGUGGCGGAGUCCCGGAGAAGGGUUACCCGGGCGCGCCUUACUACCAGCAAGCCAACGGAGCUUACAGCCGGAGCCCUGCCUGCGAUUACGGGACAUCUGGUUUUUAUAGGGAGAAAGAGACAGCCUGCUCCCUUGCCAGUUUAGAGGACCCUGUUCAGUUCGGCCAGGAGCAAGCCCGGAAGUCAGACUGUUCUCAGAGCAAGCACGUUUUUGGGGACAGCGAGGACCAGAAGUGUUCUACGCCCGUAUAUCCCUGGAUGCAAAGGAUGAAUUCUUGCAACAGUUCCUCCUUUGGGCCGAGCGGCAGGCGAGGGCGACAGACCUACACGCGCUACCAGACCCUGGAGCUGGAGAAAGAAUUCCACUUCAACCGUUACUUGACCAGGCGUCGCCGGAUCGAGAUCGCCCACGCGCUUUGCUUGACGGAGCGCCAGAUCAAAAUCUGGUUCCAGAAUCGGAGGAUGAAGUGGAAAAAGGAAAACAAACUGCUCAAUUCCACUCAGCUGAGCGCCGAGGAGGAAGAGGAGAAGACGACGGAAUGAGGCAGAAGAGGAAGGGGAGGGAAAGCGGGGAGGGGGAGGGACGAAGAAUGAAGGGAGAAGGAAAAGAAAGAAGAGGAACGCCAACCGUUUCCGUGGGGUCCAAAGGCAGGGAGGAAGGCACACUUUUUGGGGGUAAAAUAUCCGAGACUUUAUGGAGGUGUCUGCCCACCUACCCUUUGCGCAGCCUGGCGCAUCUGCCCGUCCUACAAAGCAAUCCUAAAGAGGGUUACUCCAGUGUAAGUCUUUUCAUUUCAAUGGGCUCAGGCUGGAGUAACUGUUCAUAGGAUUGCACUGCUAACCAAGCUUCUAGUCCGUUUGUUUUUCGGCCCUUGUUAUUGGUCCCCUCCCCCCCCCCCAACCAAUGGAUCUUCCCCUCUUUUAACAUUCACUUUCCUCCCUGGGAUUCAUGCUAACUCUUGUAUUUAAAUGGAAGUGCUGCAAUAUAUGUAUCAGAUUUGGGGGUGUCGGUUGUCUUCAUUUUGUACAAAAACAAACAAACAAACAACAAACAAACAAAAAAGCCCACAAAAGUGUCACACACGAUUUUACUUCUAUGUUGCUUUUAAAAAAAUAAAUAAAAUGGACUUGGUUAAGUUAAUCAACUCCUCGGUUUUUCACCAUGGAAGAUAUUUUUUUUAAAAAAAAUCUACGGAAAAGGGACAGUUGCUACCUGAACCAGGACGGUGAAAUCAUACCAAGAGGAUUUUUUUCCCCCUGUUCAUUUGUUGGUUUUAUUUUAUUACAUUUUAUUGUACGUGUUGUGUUUGUAGUUUGUGUUAGCUAUGAAGAUUUAAAAAAAUCCUCUAAUAAAAAAAGCAAACCGACUUGUUGAGAAUAA